AUGUUUUCAUCUUCUUUUGAGCAUGAUGCUGAAGACACAGCUGCAGCUGCAGCUAAAGUUGUAGCUGAAGCUGAUGCCUUUAUAGAAGAGUACAUGCAUAAGUACAUGGAGGAUGACAGUAUCCAUGAACGUGUUCUUCGAGUAAUAGCGUCAAACACACGUCACACCAGAAGAUACGCGCAACGAGAUUGGGAAAGAGCAUACGAGCGACUCAUGAGGGAUUAUUUUGAUGAUAAUCCAACAUGGGGUCUCAAUGUAUUUAGGCGGCAUUUUCGGAUGCGGAAAGAACAGUUGGCAUAUGGUGGCCCAGCUGAUCACUACGAUGAGUACUUGCAGGUUUAUGAAACAACAGGGUACGAGUGCUUGCGCCACUUUUGCCGAGGUGUUAUUGAGAUUUUUGGUGCACACUACUUGAGGCGGCCAACUGUUUAUGACUAUCAACAAUUGAUGGAAAUGCACGAGCAGAUGCAUGGCUUUCCUGGAAUGAUCGGAAAUCUUGAUUCUAUGCACUGGACAUGCAAAAAUUGCCUAGUAGCAUGGAAAGGCCAGUUCACUCGCAGCGAUCAUGGAGUCCCAACAAUUAUGCUUGAAGUGGUUGCAUCUCAAGAUUUUUGGAUUUGA